CUUAAAUAGAGCAAUUGAGCAGCAAGGCAUGCACAACAAUGGGUGAUACUGAAGAACUAAUCUCCUCUCUACCCAAAGAAAUAGGGCUGUUGUCAAGCAGCGAAUUAUGUUUCUACCAAAACUUUUGGUGCACAACCAAAUUGCUUCCUCAUGUGAUCUCCUUCCAAAAACACUUUCAAGCUCAACACCAAGAUAUUAUAGUCGCGUCUGUUCCGAAAUGCGGUACAACCUGGUUAAAAGCUCUCACUUUUUCCAUCGUUAAUCGCACUCGUUACGAUUUCUCAACGACCCCGUUGCUUUCUUCGAACCCUCAUCAUCUCGUACCCUUUUUAGAAGUCGAUCUCUUUGCUAAAAAAGACGUUCCCGAUCUCACCACCAUUCGAUCCCCUCGCCUUUUCGCCACCCACAUGCCUUACGCAGCUUUGCCAGAGUCUAUAAAAAGCUCUGGCGCUUCCGUUGUUUACAUUUGUCGUAACCCUUUCGACGCUGUGGUGUCUCUUACGCAUCAUCUCGCUGCGUUCAAGUCAGACAGCGAGGUUCAGACGUUAAUAGAGGAGGCGUUCGAAAAGUAUUUUAACGGAGUCGUUGGAUUCGGACCGUUUUGGGAGCAUGUGUUAGGGUACUGGAAGGAAAGCUUGGAGAAGCCGAAUAAGGUGUUGUUUUUGAAGUACGAGGAUUUGAAGGAAGACAUUGUCGGUGAGGUGAAGAGAAUAGGAGAGUUCAUUGGAUAUCCUUUUUCAGAAGAAGAAGAGAGACGAGGGGUGAUUCAAGAAAUAGCAAAGCUGUGUAGUUUUAGCAAUUUGAAGGAACUUGAAGUGAAUAAGAGUGGUGCAUAUCUAGAGGUUUAUCCUCAUAAUGCUUUCUUUAGGAAAGGUAAUGUAGGUGAUUGGGCUGAUUAUAUAAGUCCGCCAUUGAAGCAACGUUUAGAAAAUCUGAUGCAAGAGAAAUUGGGUGGAUCUGGUUUGUCUUUCAAGCUGUCUUGAUAUAAUCUGCAUGUCUCUUUAUCUCCACCAUGCUUAAACGAUGUCAUAUGUUUAUGUAAUUUUAUACUGCAAAGUCCUUCAUAUUUAUCAUAAAUCACACUUUAGUUU